CCUUCCAGAACCAGCGAUCUGGCAUCCAGAGGCACCCGACUAGGCUCCACUGCUGCCUUCCCUGAGGUCCUGAAGCACGCGCUCAGGACACUAGGCCAGGCCUGGAGAACUCGGCAAAGUGAAAGGAAAGAUGCCCGGCCCUCCCCCACCCAAAAGAUGGAACGUGGGCAUCUUGGCAUUAAAUGCCAAAUGAGAGCCCACCACAAUCCAUUAUUCCCGCUUCUUAUUACUGUGUCCUGUUUGGGUAUGGAAUCCUGUAAGGUGAUUGUGAGGCCUUGUGUCUGGUAACUUCUGAAAGCUGCUGGGCCAGCCCGAAGGAGUUUCCUGCUUUCUUAUUUCUGUUGAUAAGAUAUGUAGAGUGUCCAGUCGUGUAUGCUGGGCACCGUCUUAAGGGUGCAUUUAGGAGGGCAAAGUAUUGUCUAUAUAUACAGUGGAAGUGGAUCCUUGUGCGAGGCAGUUUGGGGUUUAAGUUAAAUUAAAAGUAAAUAAUUUUAACAUGAGACCUACUUACCAGUUUCCCCCUGCCACCAGAUCCCCGAACCUUUUCCUUUCAUUACAGGUGGAAAUGGCAUCUUUAGGGUCCUCCAGCUGUGUGUCUCAGCCACGUCCGGACAUCCUUAGGAAGAUGACUUUUUUCCUUAUGUAUCAGGAUAUUUUUGUUAUGAGAUUUGUUGGUGUCAAUGCAUCUGACAUCAACUAUUCGGCCGGCCGCUACGACCCUUCCGUGAAGACCCCCUUCGACGCGGGCUUCGAAGGUAUGGGCGAGGUGGUGGCCUUGGGCCUGUCUGCCAGCGCCGCAUACACGGUCGGCCAGGCCGUGGCCUACAUGGCUCCUGGCUCCUUCGCUGAGUACACAGUGGUGCCCGCCAGGGUCGCCAUCCCAGUGCCGGCCCUGAAACCCGAGUAUCUCACGCUCCUGGUGAGUGGGACCACAGCCUACCUCAGCCUGAAAGCGCUCGGGGGGCUGUCGGAAGGGAAGACAGUCCUGGUGACCGCGGCAGCCGGGGGCACCGGCCAGUUCGCCGUCCAGCUCGCAAAGAAAGCCAAGUGCCAUGUCAUCGGGACGUGCUCUUCUGCCGAGAAGUGUGCUUUUCUGAAGUCUGUUGGCUGCGACCGGCCCAUCAACUAUAACGCGGAGCAUGUGGGUGCCGUCCUGAGGCAGGAGUACCCCCAAGGUGUGGACGUGGUGUACGAGUCUGUCGGGGGAGCCAUGUUUGACUUGGCCGUGGACGCUUUGGCUACCCGAGGGCGCUUGAUGGUGAUCGGGUUCGUCUCUGGCUACCAGACUCCUACUGGCCUGUCGCCCGUGAAAGCAGGAACACUUCCAGCCAAACUGCUGAAGAAAUCUGCCAGCAUCCAGGGCUUCUUCUUGAACCAUUACCUUCCCGAGUUUCGAGGUGCCAUGGACCACUUGCUCAAGAUGUAUGCGGGUGGCGAGCUGGUUUGUGAGGUGGACACCGGGGGUCUGUCUACAGAGGGCAGGUUUACCAGCCUGGAGUCAGUCUUCCGGGCCGUCGAUUAUAUGUACAUGAGAAAAAACACUGGGAAAAUUGUCGUUGAAUUACCUCCCUCUGUCAACAGUAAGCUAUAAAAGCAGAACAAUGGCAUAAAUAAAAGGAGAAAGAAAAUGGGCAUUUUAUGCCCCAGAACUACUCAAAUCAAUUUAUUUUUAGUUGGUAAUGGAGAUAAUAUUUUUUUAAAACAAAAGUAAAGUUUAAUGAAUAGGUCUCUCUCUUUUCUUUGCUUCCUUUUUUUUUUUGCUUUCCCUUGCCAAAAAAAGUGCUAAUAAAACUUCCCUCCAUGGCACAGAGGUAAAACCUUUACAUUCAGUUCUUUGCUCAUGGACAGUCUCAUUCCAGAUUUUAUUGUUCCAGGGAACUAAAUUAAUUCCUGAUGCAAGAUCUGAUCAAAUCAGCAUGUCUUCAAUUUGAUGAGAUUUUAAAAUCAGGCUUGAAAAUAGUUCAUGAGUUCUUUGCUAUGGGAGAUUUUGGUAUAAUGCUAACAAGUUGUUAAUACAUGAGAGGGAGAGCAAAAGUCAGUCAGUUCUCAGAGUCCAUAUUCUCAGGAAAUGGCCCUUCUCCUUCCAUAAAUUACCAGCCAAUUCUGUAAAUAGAAAUUUGGAGGGAUUCUCCCAAAACUCUGACUCUGUUAGGUCAUUAGAAAAAGAAAAUUAAAUGAGCACAGACCUCUUUUAAAGAAGUAUCUCUUUAUUUAAUGAUUUUAUACACAAUCAUGCUGGUGAGGCAUGUGUGGAAUGGAAAAUUUCUCUCUUAAGAAGCAAAGUAGUGUUGAAAACUUAUAUAGACAAAAGAGCAGGUUUGGUAAAGGGAAACUAGAGAUUCGGGAGACUUUAAAAAUUUAAUACAUGCACGGGAAGUGAAGAAGGGUGUCCUCUAUCCACAGUGAGAGUCAGCGUAACAAACACGGGCCAUACGGGGAAAGCUCUGUGGAUGCGGAACAGCGCCCUUCAUCUGCCUACUGGGGUGUGUCAGACAGUAUCCUGCAAAGCAGGGACUGAAGCGACCUAAACUGAGUGUGCGUUUGCUUCACAUCGGAGACCUUGGGAAGGUGGGUUUUCUCUCUGAUCGUGGAAGCAGAGUAGCCAUCACUGAUGCCUGUCCCAUUUCAGUUCUCCAUGUGGCCUGUUGGGACAAGAUGCUUCUUGUCACCAUCACCAGAUGUAACCCCCGUGAAGGUAACCAGUCCCGCGCCUUCCCCUCUGAAUCAAGCCCACAGCUGAUCCACCUUCGUCCCCACCUUCCUCAGCUCCCCAAAGGCUGCUCUGGUUUUCAUCACUGAGGUGGGAACCCCAUCCUGCCUUUCUAAUGAAGCCACACCCACCAGACUGUUUUUCAGAGCCUUGGGUUUCAGCAUCUCUAACAUGCUAAACAAAUAGACACGCGAUUAGAGAUAUUCAAGGAAACUUGGUGACCGCAUUUAAUUUUUCUCUCUUUCUGUCUGAGGAGCAAGGCAGUCCUACCGCUGAAUAGCUGUUAGGAUCUAUUUUACAAGAUUUACUCAUUUUCAGGUACCUAAUGUAGCUGCUAGCAUGCAUGCACAACAAUACAAUUUAUAUGGUAAAUGGGGCCAAAUAAUGGCUUCACUGAAUGUUAUGGCUGCACUGAAGGGAAAUGUCACGGUAAAUAGUUGCCAAAUUAUGGAUCAUGCCGGAGUGUCACAACUGCACUAAAGACAAAUAGCACCGGAGGCUAUUGCCACCGUGACGCUUUUGAGUUAUGAAGAAGGGUAACAGCCCGAUGGGAGGCUCUUUGCGUCCUCAUUAUAGCAAAGGGUUACUAGUGCAGGGCACCAGAGAAGCCAGGCCAGUGUGCUGCUCCGUUAUUAAUCUGUCCCGCUCAGACCUAACAGCUGUAGCGAAACCGAAGGGGACUUUGCCUCCCUUUUAGAGGCCCAAGCAAACAAAGGGGAGGGGACAGGUUUUAUGAAUGUAACUGCAAGGGAAUGGCUGGGAGUGGAGCAACGUUGUCAUCAAAUCAGCUCAUCAGAGAAUAUUAUUCACUGUAAGGUAGUCUCUGUCUGAUAGGCUUAGUUGUGUCCUAGGCAGACAGAUGUGUGAAGUCUAAGCAAUCAUGGGCUUUCUCCCUCUGUCAAGACUUGAGUAGUAAGGACUUUGCCAACUAAAUUGCUUCUUCUAAACUGAAGUGCGUCCCGGUUUCUUUCAUUUUAAUGGGAGAGUAAUAAAGAUGAAAGACCAACAUUUUAAUGGAUGGAUCCCUGAAGCUACAGAAUAGAAAUUUAUUAUGUUUUGAAGGCAUACACUAAAUUCAGCUAUGUAAAAAAAAAAAAAAUUCAAACAACCAGGUUUAAAAUAAAAUAUAAUCUGAAAACCUCAUGUUCUGUCUCUUCCCAAACUAAGAAACUACAGUGCAUACUGUUUUCAUUUAUUCUUAGAAAACAAGCAUGAAAGAUUCCGCCCAUUCAGAUAAUGCCAAAAAUAUGUUUAAACUUUUUUUUUAUUCUUCUGAAAAAUGAUUUGUAAAUUGAGGGUCAUAGUUCAGCAUCAGUUUCAUCUUCUGGGAUUAUCGUUCAAGCCCAGCCUCUAAUGGGAGGUGAAAUGGUGCGAUCCUCUCGCCGCCUUUCUUCUGAACUGUAUUACAUAUCACAAAAAGUACAUCCAUAAUUUAGGGCAAUUGUCAGUCUUUGUUUUAGAGACGGGGCCGGGGCUGAACGAUCCUGGUGGAUGAAUUAUUUCUGGGUUCUCAGGGUGGCCUUCUCUGCACAUCAGCCUGGAGGUCCCCGGCUGGGCAGAUGGAGAGCCUUGGCUCCAGUUAGCAUGCCAAGAAACAAGGGAGUCCCAGCUAUUCCCUCCCCUUCCAUUGUGAUUUGUAAAAGGCCAAAUGCUCUUCCUUCGAAUUUGUGUUUGCAUGCAAAAAAUACCAACAAUGUCAUUGUAGGUCCAUCUGAUGAUGACUCCCAUUGUACACCGCCUUCAGCAUAAAAAAAAAUCAGGAAAUAGUUUGCAGAGAAACUACACAGAAGUUUUGCAUGAUGUGCUCUAAAAUUUGUUAUUAUAUGAUUUCAUCUGAAUGGAGUUUCUCAGGAGGAGGAUAGCGCCUUUAUAAAUGGUCAUUAGUAUUACAUUCAGUAUUUAUCUAAUGAAAGUGCAGUGACAAGUCGCCACCUCUUAUUAAAAUGAAAAUCUUGCAUUAUGUACUUAAAGAACAUUCCAGCUAAUGAGGAUGUAACGUCCUUGGUACAACACAGACCUCCUUUUUUUGUAUGUUCACCCACCACAAGAUGCUGGAAACUUGACAAAUGAUAUCAUUUAAGACAUGCCUGCCGCAGGGACCUGCUUUUUGGCUUCCUGUUCCUGGCUUUUAUUUGGGUAACAUUUAUAAUGGCCACCCGACUUGUAAUGGGCAAUGUUUUAACCCCUUCAUAGAGCUCCCAAUUAGUGUGAAUUUACUACAUUCAGGAUUUCCUUUAAAAUGGGGCAGGGAGUGCUCAGGACUGAAAAUAUUUUUCUUGAUCACUUGACCACAUGUGCAAAUGGGAUAAAUAGCAUAUUUUAAAUUUAUAUAAGGACAGACAAGCAGCAUGCAACUUUCAGGAAAAAAAAAAAUGAUAGGAAAAGACCGAGCAUGACCAACUGCGGACGUGAAUUUCCUAGGGUUACAGCACAAGUUUUAUGAAUGUAGCCCAGGUGCAAAUGGCCUCACUUGGUGGAUGCAUAAUUACUGCUCUCUAUACCGUCCAGUCUCUUGUUUUAUUAAAUUGCUUGCUAUUUAUAGUACUUGUUUAGAGGCAAAAUUUAUGCAAACUUUAUUAGCUAAUUUUGGGGUUUAUUGGUUUUUUUUUUUUUUAAUUUAGGUUUUCUGUAACUAAUACUCUAAUUAUGGCUCACAAAUGUGAUCAUAUUUCAGAAGUCAAAAUAUAAAACUCUGAGUUCUCAAUACUACUAGUGUGGGCAUUUUAACCUUGGAAUUCCAUUUUUUUGUAGACCUUUAGUAUCAUGUUAUUCAACUUGUGAAAGGAGGAAUGUUUGAUAUGAGAACCUUAUUACUGUUAACAUGAGCAAAGUAUGGAACACUGGCCAAAAAAAAGCUAUACAAAAUAAAUAAUAUCUCCCAAUA